AUGGUGGCGACUUGUCCGCAGACGAGUGCGGCUAUACGAGACGAAAGCAGCUGGCUUGACAGCGAUGGAAUUCACUUCACCGCUCACAGGAUCGGUCUGGCAUUCUGCGGCGCAUGUGCAUUAUUGGCGCUGGUCAUCUCCCUCGUCAACAUCAUGGGCCAUGCCAGAAGCUACCGGCAGCCGUUCGAGCAGCGACAGAUCAUACGAAUCCUCCUCAUGCCCGUCGUCUUCUCCAUCGUGGCCUUUGCCAGCUUUGUGUGGUUCCGCGAGUUCAAUUACUACGCCAUUGUCGAAGCGCUGUACGAGACUGUCGCUAUAGCUGCCUUUCUGACGCUCAUGUUGACCUUUAUUGGCCAAACAACGGCGGAACAGCAAGAAACGCUGCGCUUCAAGGACAAGCGCUCAUUGCCCUUUCCUUUCUGCUGCUGGCGGUACAGACCAACAAAGGCCUAUGUCAUACCGGCCGUACAGUGCUCUGUGCUCCAGCUCGUCGUGCUCAAGCCGCUCAUUUCGCUCGCCGCCAUCGUCACCGAAGCGCUCAAUCUGUAUUGCGUCCAAUCACACUCGCUUAAAUUUGCGCACGUCUGGCUGGCCAGCGUCGACUUUAUCAGCGUCUCGGUUGCAUUGUAUGGUCUCUUCGUCAUGUAUGCGCUCAGCCGACAAGAAUUAGAAGGGAAACGACCGCUGGCAAAGUUCAUGACCAUCAAAGCGAUCGUCGCGCUUUCCUUCUAUCAGUCAUUUCUGUUCAGCUGGCUCGCAUCAGCUGGCAUACUCCGGUCAACAGAUUUCUACUCGAGUGUCGAUAUUGCGAAUGGCCUGUCAGCCAUGCUGUUGGUCUUUGAGAUGGUCUUCAUCGCCCUGUUCCAGCUGUACGCCUUCCCGGCAUCGGACUAUUACCAAGUCAUGCGCGACGACUCAGCAAAGCAUACAGGUUUCUGGCGGAGUAUGGGCCACGCUCUCAAUCUGAGCGACUUCUUCGUCGCUCUGUGGCAAUCCGUGCGCUUCUUCUUCAGGCAAGAUCGCAGUCAAAGCAUGCCAAUGCCACCUAUCGAUCAGCCAGGCCUUGACUUUGAAGCCGCUUAUGGCUUGAGAGAUUCUUGCGCCAGUCGGUCAUCGGCUUGGCGGGAGAAGCAGAUCAUGCAGCGCAGCAACUCGGAUUAUCCACCGAGCACAGCUUCUCUCGGCGACGAACAGCCGGUCAAUUUUGAUAAUUCCGCCUAUGAGAAGCCUGUCUUUGCAAGCUCCUUGGCUCGGCUAUACCCGACCGACCUGACGCCGAUAGCCCUAGCGCAGCCGCCUCGAACGAACGUAGCACGAGGCUAUGCAGCACCGGACUAUACCGCGCUAAGUACAGAGUCACCCGCGCCUUCACCCUUGACGGUGGUACGACCGCGCGCACCCCCAGAACCUCCAAGGACUGUCUUGCCUUAUUCACUAGACCGCCCAGCUCAGCUCCAAGACGAGCAGCACGAAUUGGGCUACGCCCUAUAG